UUACAAUCUCAGAUCUUCGCUUCAGCUGCCAGAAGAGCUCGAUCAAAAAGAGGACGAACUGCCGAUCUCGUUAAAAUUUGCAAUGGCCUUCACCCACGAAGCGGGUCAAUUGGAGGAUGACUUCAUGCAACGGGCAUUAGGGCCUUUAGAAGGUGAUUCGAGUGAUGAUGCGGACUCGUCCUUGUCUGACACGGAUGUCAAUGUAGAAGCCAUGGAUGGGAUCCAAUUCUUGCGAAGGGCGCAGAAGGAGGCCAAGAAGUUACCUCAUGUGGUCGUAGCUUCAAACAUCGAGGAAUUGCGAACAAAGUCUGGUCAAGCCAUGCAGCCACAAUUUGUGAGUCGAAGAAAAACCGAUUUGCCCCCGAAAUAUCUACCCAACUCGGAUUGGCAAAGGAAGCAAGUGGCCGAUUUCUCAGACAUCCGGACAAAGGUGUCUCGACACUUUGCUUGGCUUCGCACCCAACCCCUUGAUCUUCACCCGGAAAAAAUAAAUCUCCCCAGCAAUUCAGACGAGAAAGGAUGGGCUCUAUUUUGCUUUGGAAGUGCAUUCUGGUCUGAAUUGGUCCAAGCUAAAAUUGCCGACGGCGAGUCCGAAAUUGAAGAGGAUCCCCUAGAGCAACCUCAACAAACCAUCGUCAGUGGUCAAUCACCCUUGACCACUGUGUUCUUCUAUCUCAAACCGAGAAUCCUCACCGCUGUGAUUGAGUACGUGGCCUCUUGGUGCGAGCUUUUGGGUGGGCUCCGGCCCGAAAUGGCACUUUGGGUGUAUUCACUUUUGGCCAAUCUUGAGAAACCUCUUCAUCCUGACAUUGGAAGUGCCAUUCGAACCAUCGCCAUCUCAGCCAGUCAAGAGCGACACAAAUUGGCCAACGAAAAUCGUGGUUUGGAGGAAAUAUCGCCGCUGACUCUCAUUAUUUGUAUCGUAUCAAAGUAUUUUAGUCAAGGCGACUUGGCAGAUGACGCCAAAUAAAGCUCAAAAUGAAUCGCAAUUCGACUCUUUUCCAAUGAUUAUGAUUGACCGCUAUUUUUAACCGAUUUGUUUCAGA